ACUCAGCCGCCCGGUGAUAUUGACAAUAGGAGAGAGAAAGGGGCAUUGACGGGGACCCACCGCGGGUAGCGAACGGCGGCUCUGGCAGUGGCGGCUCCUGCUCCAGCGGCUCCUCCUCCUUCUCCUGCCUCCUCCUCCUGCUGCCGCUGCGGAUCCAGUCUUCCUCCCUCCCUUCCCCCCCUCCCCACGUCGCCGCCGGGUCCGGGGCAACUAGCAGAGGCGCCGCCCGCCGGGAAUGUGAAAGAGGAGUCACCGGCGGAGCCGCAACGGGGUCGGUGCCGAUUUGAUGGGACGGGCCCGCGGGGGAGGAUCGUGAGGGCGCCGCCGCCGGAGCUGAGAUUCAGGGCCGGCCGUGAGGCCUAGAGGCGCCGCCGCCGCCGCGGAACCGGAGGGACGCCGCACCGGACAGCCGUCGCUCCGGGCUCCCCGCCGCUGCUCGGACCUCCUUCUGCACGUCCCGGUCCCGCCGCCCGCCCCCGCUGCGGCCCUUUCGCCCGUCUCCCUCCCCUCGAAACCACAGAUCAUCUUCCGAUUCUUCCCCAGAAGCUUCAAGUAGGGAUAUGUCCUCAGCACCAACUACUCCUCCAUCAGUGGAUAAAGUAGACGGAUUUUCUCGGAAGUCCGUCAGAAAAGCCAGACAGAAGAGGUCACAAAGUUCCUCACAGUUUAGGUCUCAAGGCAAGCCUAUUGAGUUAACACCUCUUCCGCUGCUAAAAGACGUUCCAUCCUCAGAGCAGCCUGAACUGUUCCUAAAGAAACUUCAGCAGUGCUGUGUCAUUUUUGACUUCAUGGACACGCUUUCUGAUCUUAAAAUGAAAGAAUACAAGCGCUCCACUCUUAAUGAACUGGUGGACUACAUUACAAUAAGCAGAGGCUGUUUGACAGAGCAGACUUACCCUGAAGUAGUUAGAAUGGUAUCUUGCAAUAUAUUCAGAACUCUCCCUCCUAGUGACAGCAAUGAAUUUGAUCCAGAAGAAGAUGAACCUACCCUUGAGGCAUCGUGGCCACACUUACAGCUUGUAUAUGAAUUUUUCAUACGAUUUUUGGAAAGCCAAGAAUUCCAACCCAGCAUUGCCAAAAAGUACAUAGAUCAGAAAUUUGUAUUACAGCUUUUGGAGCUAUUUGACAGUGAAGACCCUCGGGAACGGGACUACUUAAAAACAGUCUUACACAGAAUUUAUGGCAAGUUUCUUGGUCUUAGAGCAUUUAUCCGAAAACAGAUUAACAAUAUUUUUCUAAGGUUUGUGUAUGAAACAGAACACUUCAAUGGCGUAGCUGAACUGCUGGAAAUAUUAGGAAGUAUUAUCAAUGGCUUUGCUUUACCUCUUAAGGCAGAACACAAACAGUUUCUGGUGAAAGUGUUGAUCCCUUUACACACUGUCAGGAGUUUAUCACUCUUCCACGCCCAGCUGGCAUAUUGUAUAGUACAGUUUCUGGAGAAAGAUCCUUCGCUCACAGAACCAGUUAUUAGGGGGUUAAUGAAAUUUUGGCCUAAAACAUGUAGUCAAAAAGAGGUCAUGUUCCUUGGGGAGCUGGAAGAAAUAUUGGAUGUGAUUGAACCUUCACAAUUUGUUAAAAUUCAAGAACCUUUGUUUAAACAAAUUGCCAAGUGUGUAUCUAGCCCCCAUUUUCAGGUGGCAGAAAGGGCACUCUAUUAUUGGAAUAAUGAAUACAUCAUGAGUUUGAUAGAAGAAAACUCUAAUGUCAUCCUUCCCAUCAUGUUUUCCAGUCUCUAUAGGAUUUCAAAAGAACAUUGGAAUCCGGCUAUUGUGGCGUUAGUGUACAAUGUGUUGAAGGCAUUUAUGGAAAUGAACAGUACCAUGUUUGACGAGCUGACAGCCACAUACAAGUCAGAUCGUCAGCGUGAGAAAAAGAAAGAAAAGGAGCGUGAAGAAUUGUGGAAAAAAUUGGAGGAUCUGGAGUUAAAGCGAGGUCUUAGACGUGAUGGGAUAAUUCCAACUUAACAAAAAUAAUGACAACAACAUUACUAACCUGUGGAGUCACACAUUUAUGUAGUAGAAGAUGGAGCAACAGUUUUCUGUAUUGUGCAACUUUACAGUAGAUUUCACAUUUGUUUCAUUAUUACAACAGCACUGUAUAUACCUGUCUCUAAGUAAAGGAAAAAAAUAAGGACUUCAAUCCAAAGUCUGGACAGUAGAUGGACUUCUCAGAACUUUGCAAAUAUAAUCAUUGUUCUAACCCUCUUAAAAAAAAAAUGUGGUCUUCAAAGAUCUGUUGAUGAAAUUGCUAUGUUAAAAUUCCAUUAUUGGGAGUUCCUUAUUUAUCACUAGCAGAGAGUAUGAUAUGAUUUUCAAAUGUGAACAGUCUUAAAUUUAGCUUGUCUUUCUGCUAAGCUGUUAAAUGUAUUUAUAGUAAAGGAAGACAAAAGGACUGUCAUUUCCUUUAUAAGUUUGUGUAACAUCCUCCUCUGGAUAACUUGACUGUAAUUUGACAUCUUUUCCUUUUGCACAUCUUCUUGAGUUGAAUGUCCACGUGGAAUGGGGCCAUGAAUUAUAAAGGUCCCUGAAAAAGUUUUGUUUACUGGGGUGAACAUCUUUCCAGUAACCAGGUAGUCCUGGUGCUCCUUUAGUUUUAAAAUUAGGAGUAAAAAGAGAAGAGGUGAUAAACAUAGUAGGGAAGGGAAUUUUGGAUUCAUGUAUCAGUUUGUGGUGAAUCCAUAUCAAUGUCUUGAAUCCUUUGAAAACAGGCACUGGGACAUCACAGGCUUCAGUACCUGACCAGUAUUAGUUGCUUACGUCAUUGAACACGUACCAGAGAUGUUAUAGAAAUGUCAGAAAAACAUCCUUUUGGACCAUUUGAAAUAAGAAAGACGGACAUUAAACAGUACAACCAUGAAAUUGAUCAUCAGGAUUGUGAAUCUAAUUGAGAAAAAGAGUUGAGCAAACAGCUUGGACUGUUUGGAGUUGUUGCCUUACUUUUUCAUAUGUGUUUAUAAAGUAUUCCAGCAAAAGAGGAUGUAGCCUCUGGGAAAAAAAACCAAACAUGUUACAGUGUUUUUUUUGUAGAUUCUCGUUCUAUAUCUCAUCACAGCACCAGCCCUGUUUUUAGCCAGAAAGGAUUCAAGAUAAACAUUAUUAUGCAUUCUGAAUUGGAUGCGUAUUCCUAACUACUGUAUUUGUUACCAAAAGCGGUUCUACAAAUGCUACUGAAAAAAAUCUGGAAAUUCCUAAUGUCCUGAGUAUUAAUAAAAAAGUUUAAAAAUGCUUUUAUAUCAAAGGUGCAUUGUGACCAAAUUGUUUAAGAAAAAAAACAAAAAACAAAACAAAAUCUAGGGUUGUAUUAUAGAUAUAUCUUAUUGGCUGUCUGCUUUGUAUUUAAAAGAGGAAUCUUACAUCUUGGGUAGGUAAACUGCUGAUAAACUUGUGUACAGUAUGUACUUACCUAAUGGAUUUGCAUUAUUAUGUACUGAAAGAUAUGUGUUUUGGGAUUUAUUUCCAGGAUGCUUUUUGCUUGUUAUGGACAUGGCAGCAGUGAGUUGAUAAUCCUAAACCAUCACUCCAGCAGUAUUCGUGGUAUAGAGCUGAUUCUGUGUUCAUGUGUUGAAUUGUGAUAGUAGCAAACAUGAACAUAUGGACUGUUAUUGCUCUUAAUAGAAAUACAAUAUAAAUAUGGGCUUUUAUAUUUUCUUCCAUUUAAAUAUAAAGUAGAAUAUGCAGUUUUAUUGUUUCCACGAAAAAGGGAAAAAAAAGCCGCAGACCUUUCUCCCCUAUGAAGUGUUUCAGGAUUAUCAGGUCACAGUGCUUACAUAAACGUCAGCUAAUUAUGGACAUUGUCAUCUCGGUAACUUUGUAAAAAAACAAAAACAAAAGUUGGCAUUGUCAAUUCCUAAAAAGAACCAGCUGUAAAAAAGUCAUACGCAACACCAAACACAACAUGGUUUAAUGAGAUUAGUAGAUUUUUUAUAAAAAGAAUAUUAAUGGGGAUUCAAUGUAAAGCUGGCAGAGGCUGCCAAAAAUGCAAUUUACUUUAAAAUUGUUGGAGCAAAGGUGCAAGUUCAAAUACUAAUAAGAAAUAAAUUUGUAACAAGUC